GAACGAUUCACUCGCAGACCGGUCAUCGAUAUAUUGCUCGGGUGUGCCACUGUGGUAUAUCCUAUAGGUCACUGCACCCGUAUAAUCAUUCAGUAACGCGACUAGCAGCAGAUAUGGCACAAGCUAAAAUUAAUGCCAAAAUGAACGAUGCAUCUAAAGGCAAAUUCACCCGAACCAUGUCAAUGGCGGACCGGUCCGGACGCUUACUGGAAAGUCUGGAUCAAAUUGAAACGAGGGUGGAGGCUCUGCGUGAGGAAGCCACUGCUAUGGAGCAGGAGAGAGAGAGCUUGAUUGAGAUGAUCCAAUCCAUACAAAACAGCCAGGAAAUGAGGAGCAUUUGUGACGGGGAAAGGGAAGAGCUUUCUCUGACCGCCACCAGACUCAUGGGCAGGGCGCUAACAGUGCACGUCUCUGUGGAUACGAUCCGAAACAGCCAGCAGGAAGAGGCCUUGAAGAAAGCCAUAGCCAUUAUUGAUGAGAUUGCCACUAAAAUGCUGGAAGACAUGGAGGCGGCUAAAAAGAGGCUGCAGGCGCUUCAUGCUGCAUGUGUGACUGACGCACCGCCGGUGCCUGUUGAUCAGAAGUUUCAGAGCGUCGUGAUCAGCUGUGCCCUGGAGGACCAGAAGAAAAUCAAGAGGCGCCUCGAGACCCUCAUCAGGAACGUGGAUAAUGCUGAGAAAACCAUUAAAAUUAUGGAUAACCAGAAAGUUGAUCAUUCUAGUCUUGCCAAUGGCAAAUAGAGUGCAUUAGUGCCUCCCCACUUUUUCAGCGGCCUUGUUCCGGAACUAUUUUUUCCAUUCAUUUUUUUCCCAUAGGGAUUUAAAAAAAGUCCAAUAGAGGAUAUGCUCCAAUAAUGGGUGUGUUCGAAUAACUGAUGUGUUCCAAUAAUAUUGAAUAUGUCCCAAUAACAAUGUUCCAAUUAUAUUUAAGAGUGUUCGAACACAGGGUGUGCUCCAAUAAUAGGCAUAUCUCAAUAGCAAAUAUGUCCCAAAUAUAUGUGUGUUCCAAUAAUGAGUGUGUUCCAGUGUUUUUUAGAUGUGUUCCAAUAAUUGGCAAACGGAUCUUUAUAAAAAUUUACAUUGUUAUUGCAGAUGAAAUGUAACAUGGAUAACAUUACAUAAAUAUUUUUAUCAUGUUAAACGUUGAUUAUUAGUCACUCAAACCCCUUUAUCUAAACCUCUCUACCUAACUGUUGGUCGCGCAAAUCCGCCAUGUUUUGUAGUUUUUUAACACUUUUUAUUCGUGUUUGUAGUUCUAAACCAAAUCCUCCUCCCAAGAGCAAUGGGUUAUGGGUAAUAUUAGCCAUUAUAGUGUGCAUGGAUCCACACUUCGAAAAUCUACCAAAAAUAGUAGACCAUCCGGGGACUUUUUACAUACUCUUUUCAACAUACUAUGCUUUGGGACACACUUAUUGUAAUCCUACAUACUAUUUGGGACACAGAGGUAUUUUUGUAGGCCAAGCCGGAAGUUUGCAUAACCCUGGUUCCCUCGACAAAAACCCAAUAGGAUUUUUCUAUUGGCUUUUGCUUUAUUGCAGAAAAUAAGGUUUGUGACUAACAAAAGUUUAUAAUUCUUCCAUGUUUUGCGAUAAUCAUGAAUUCAUGAAUUCAACUUUUAGGAAUUUUGAAGCCUAAAUAUAAUCGGCAGAAGUCAAAAGCUAAACGUAGGCUAUCCACCUUUUUCCUGCACCCCAUGAUGCUUUGCGCAAAUUAUGGGAGUAACUUCCACUAAACUGUAAACAGUCAGUGAAAAGUUGCCUCUAUGAAUGCAAUGAACAUUUUCAAAAACUGGGUACAAUGAGAUGACAUUAUCCACUCGCCCAUCCAACAUUAAAAGGAAACUUUAAAAGUAUAAAGCAUUAACAAAUUACUACAACAGGCCAUGAUUAUAUCAUAGAAUAAAACGUUAAAAUAUCUUGAGCUUGUGUUCACCACAGACCUUAUUUAAAGCUUUUGACUACAAAAAAUCCAUUCAAAAAAUCCAUUUUGACUUCAGGAUGAUGGAACUGGAAGUACAAAAAUGCACUUGUUUCUGGGUUUUGGCCAACAAAAAUAUAUCAUCCCUGCAGCACUCAAUUCACACACUUAUGCAGCAUUCUGUAGUAUAAAUAGUGUGUUCACACUGAAAAUUCACGUGAUGAUGCACUUAACUGAAACUAACUGACAAUAACUGACUAUUUUGGUGCAGUUUGAUCGCUGUGCCUGAUUGGUGGAAUUUUCUGUACAGCAUCAUGGGUAAUGUAGUUUUUUUUAAAAUCACAAAUUCAGCUGUUAAACACAGUUAUUUUAUAAAUAAGUUGAAAUAAUACAUGCUGAUGGGUUCAACAGAAGCAUAUACUGCUGAUUAACACCAUCUUAACUGUCUUUAAAGAUUUAUAAGUUAUCGUUAAAAAUCAGUUUCCUUAUGGAGAAAAUGAAUGGAGUUUUUACUUCCGGAACUUGACUGCUGCACGCUGUAGAGGUUGAGGGGAAUCACGAGCACCGCACAUGUGCCUUUGACAGCCUUCAGGACAACACACACACACACACACACAACUGAUAUGUAAAGGUGUUACAUUAUUUACCACUGGCCUCUUGGUCACAUGAAUAUUUAUUUUUAUUUUACUUCUAUGCAUUUAACAUACAGGAAAAAAAGCUAUACUGAUCUUAAACCUUUUGUUAUAAUUUGUUAUAAUAAUUCAUUAUAUGUUAGAUUUAUUAACCAAUAUGAAGCAAUGUGAAUUCAGUCAGAGUUCAGAAGUGGUUCUUACCUACAUUCCAUCUGAAGCCCCAUGAAUAUUAUUUCACUGGCUUGUCGUAGUUUAUUUUUAGCGCAGCUGCACAUGAUAUUCUUGUUUGCUCUCUACAUUCUAACGAGAACGUUUGGCUCUCGGCUUGCUGGGAAUCUCACAUUUGGGCGUCAGGUUUUUUAGUCUUAAGAGUGCAGAAUGAAACUGGCCAGAGCAGCUGGAGGAAACAUUACAGCAAAACACAAACUGCCUUUGAUGAUUCUUGGAUUUGUGAUCACUUUGUAAGGGCUCUCAGGGGCCGUUUACACGACACUGUUUUCAACUAAAAACGGAAAACUUUUUAUGCGUUUGGGACGUUUAUUUAAGUUUUGGGGGCCUGAAAACGCAAAGUUCAAGUUUUUGAAAAUGAUACUGGUGACGUCAUGUGCAUGUGUUAAGUGUUCAGUCUAUAGGCUUGUAGUGUUUCUUUACAAAAUGACAUCUUUAUCUUCUGGCCUGGCAGCAGAAUACAGCAUUUUUAGUCAUUUUCAUGAAUCCGUGUGAACGGGGAUCGUUUUGACAAUGUUGUCAUCUGUACACAAAAAAUGCCAAGGAAAAACUUUUCUGUGGUGAAGUUUAUAACUUUUGCCAUAUAACUAAUUAAGCCAAUUAACAAUAACAAUAAUCCUUUAUUAAGGCCUUGCCAUACAGUUAAGGUCUGUUGUAAGACACAGCACAAGGUGGCUUAUUGCUUUGGAAAACGGUUGCAAUAGCUUUAUUAUAAACCCAUGUUCAAUAAAGCUAUAAUUAUAAUAAUUAAAAUAAAAACAUGGUUUAUUAGUCUGAAUAGGCUGUUUACAGUUGCCAAUCAGUGUAGCAAAUCAACCAAACAAUGUUUAGAGUCAGAACUAUUCAGAGUUACACUACAGUGUUCAAACGUUUGGGGAUUUUUAAUUUUUAAAAUCUCUUCUUCUCACCAAGGCUGCAUUUAUGAUCAGGAUUCUUUGAUGAACAAAGUAAAAAAGAACAGCAUUUAUUUGAAGUAGAAAACUUUUGUAACAUUAUAAACAUCUUUACUGUCAUUUUUGAUCAAUUUAAUGCAUCCUUAAUGAAUAAAAGUAUUGAUUUCUUUUGGG